AAGUUAGGGUUUCGUUGAGUGUGAUUCACUGUUCAUCUAGUCUUCGUGUCCAGUCCAGACCAGAGGUGACCUUUCUCUGCUAAGUUGUUUAGUGAUAGUUCAACCAGCACAUUGUUAUCUUUUCUCUCUGAUGUAGUCACGGCGUCAAUCUCCCCUCGUGCUUACCCCUUGACAAUGUCUGAUAGAUAUAUCUGCAGCUCGUAACCCUAUCAGCUCGCACCCUAGCAGCCAUGCUUCAGACGAUUAACAGAGUCUUCAGCCAAAGCACCAGCUUCAAGCGGCGGGCGAAGGGGGACCAUGAAACCACCGGAGACAAUUCCCCGCUUAGCGGAAAAGACGUCCCCUCAGGGCCGUCCGAUCAGCGGCCCGACUCCCCCCUGCGCCUGGGAUCGCCGUCGAUCGCGGCCCUAGGCGAGUCGACGCUUAAGAAAGUCGUUAAGCGGUCGUUCUACAGCGACGCGUCGGGGGGAGGGGAACCGCUGGUGGAUGGGCGCGGGGGAACGGGGAAGGAGGUACCGACGGAAAUGCUGGCGUUCGAAAUAGGAUCCAUCAUGCGCCGCAUGCUCGAAAUCUUCGACUCCAUGUCCGAGAAAAUGCUCUCCUCGCUGCGCGCCAACCUUCAGGCGCCUGGCGUGGUGACUUUAAUCUCCAGCGAUCUUAGAGUGCUAUGGGGCCUCGCCGGCUACGAGAAGCACCAGGAGCUGCGAUCCGUCGCGUGCCGCGUCGCCGUGUUGGGCCGCAAGUGCCGCGAAUCGCGGCUGCACCGACUCGAGAGGCUGUUCGCGCGGCUCGACAGCACGGACGCGGAUUAUAAGAUGUUCUCCGCGUCGUCCGCUGAAGGCGAGGUGCUGCUUAGGUUCAUGCGCGAGCAGGCGGAGGCGACGAGCGAGCUCAAGAACGAGAUGGAGUCCAUCCAGGAGCUGCACAGCCGCAUCCAGGAGUACGGCGAGUGGAACUCGCUGCAGGAGAUGGUGACGCAGGGCAAGCUCGUGGAGAAGCUGCAGGGCCACUGCCUCUGGGCCUUCCACCUCGACUACCUCGUCCAGCUGCUCAUCAUUGCGGCGUGCUAUGUGCGCAAGAAGAUCUUCGCGUCGUUCGGCCACGGCAUGUGCCCGCCGCGCAUCCGGGAGGCGUGUCUGGGGGAGGCGGGCCUGGCGCUGCACUAUGCCAACGUGGUGGUGCUGCUGGAGAGGAUCAUUCAGCAGCCGGACGAAGUGCUGGGACCCACCAGGGACGAGCUGUACGAGAUGCUUCCACGAAACAUCCAGUACCUGCUGCGCGUGCAGCUGCAGGACGACCUAAACUUCCAGGCGGACGGGCGCGUGGAGGCGAACCUCAAGCGCGGGCUGCUGCUGCUGCCCACCAUGGCGCACAACACCAUCACCUGGCACUCGCUGCACACGCCGGGCUCGGUGCUGGACUCCAAUGAGACGGUUUUCCAAGUGCAGACCUUUUACUUUGCAAACCUGCAGGCGGUCAAUGCGACCCUAGUGGACGUGCUGUUGGGGCUGUGCCGCAUCUGCGGCGUGGAGUCGGCCAUCGGGUGCGUGUCCACGCAGAUCCCCGCCUCUCUGGACUACUCGCAGCUCGUGGCGGACAAGGUGGCGGAGGCGGACCGGCACUUCCGCAAGGCGUGCGGAAUGGAUGGGCGGGAUGAGGACUGGUUUGGAGGGGAGGUCACCAAGGUGCAUGAUGAUUCUUGCCGGUCGAGACUGGGGCACGCGCCGCCGCCGGCAGGUGCUGAGACGGCGGCAGGUUUGGUGGGGGUUCAAGCCCAGGUGGCGAAGGUGCUUGGUGAUUCGUCGCAGACUAAACGUCCUCAUACCCCGGCUCCCACUGCUGCCACCGUCUCUGCUACUGCCAUUGCCGCCAAUGCUGCUGCGGCUGCGGCGGCGGCUGCUGCGGGCUCUGCCUCUGGUGCUGCGGCUGCCGCUUGUGAUGCUGGUGCGUGUUCAGCUUACGACGGGAAGGGAGACCGCAGCACGGACACAAUCUAUGGUGCAGGCACGGGCACAAGCAUGGUUACAAGCAUGGGUGCAGGCAUGGCUAUGGACAAGAGCAGCAGCACGGGUAGUGCUGGCGGUGGGGCCGGUGGUACGAGUGACGGCACGGGCAGCACAGGUUUCAUGACCCCCCCUGAGUCACCUGCCAGUGCCAUCGCGCAGCCGCCCCCCAUCCCUGCAUCCCGCUCAGAUGGUGGGGGGGCGGAGAGGGGGCAUGCCGGGAGGAGGGAGGGGAGGAGGGGGGGUAGGAGAGAGGGGGAGGAGUGGAAGCGGAGCCCCGAGGGAGUGUCUGGAGACAAGGGGGGGAGAGGGGAGGGGUUAGGUGAAACGGGGCAGGGUGAUGGGAGCAGGGCAGCGGGUGGCAGAGCGAAGAGCAGUCAGGGUGUGGCGUCCAGCAGUGGUAAGGCGAGAGGCAGAAGCAAAGCGCAGCAGCAGCAGCAGCAGCAGAAAGAGCUCCCACGAGCUCACACCUCCCCUGCUGUUGAAACGACAGCAGUGGCAGUAGGCGGUGAAAGAGGCAACGGUGAUACUUAUGGCGGUGGCAGCACUGUUACAAGCGCCAGCACCGGCAGCAGCGCUGCUGGGUCCCCCUCUCGGGCCCCCAGCAGGCCCUCCUCUGGCCGCCCCAGCAGAUCACGACCCAGCAGCAGCCGGUUCAAGGGAACAGAUGCCACUGCUGCUGCUGGUGCUGGCGCUGGCGCUGGUGUUGGUGCUGGUGGUGCUGGCGCUAGUGGUGGUGGUGGUGGUGCUUCUGAUUCCACUUCUUCCCCCUCUCGUCUUCCCACCCCACCUCCUCCCGCCACCUACUCCCGGCCGCGCAUCCCCUCGUCUCGAUCUGACAGCUCCUGUCUGGCGCAACAGGGAAGCGCAGGGCAGAGAGGAAAGAGCAGCAGCAUCAGGAAGUGCAGCAGCAGCAGCCCCCAGGCAGACCGCCUCGUGGUCGCUACCUGCACUUCCUCCUCCCCUGGCCGACCCUCCCCAAGUCAAGCCUCCUCGGGUCGAGCCUCCCCUGGGCAAGCCUCCGCCUGCUUCUCCCCUCAGAGCGGGCCCUUCCUCUCCCCCGCUGGUACCCCCUCCCCUGCUGACUCCCCCCGCUCGUCCCCCCACUCGUCCGGACAGGGGCGUGGGGAGGCGAGGGGAACCGCGGGGGAAGGGUUGGGGGAAGGAGAGCGUACCAGGGAGGGGCUCAGGGGGCGAGAGCGAGAGAGGGAGUGUCAGGGGCAGGAAGGGAUGGACGAGUCCAAGGGACGGUCGAGGAGACGCGGCAGCAGCGGUUGUAACGGCAGUAAGAGACAGGGAGAGUGUGCUGGGAGUGAUAAGGGGCAAAGCAGCAGCAGCAGGAGCACCAAAAGCAGCAGCAUUAACAGGAGGAGCACCAAGGAGGGCAGCAGCAGCAGGCAAAGCAGCACUAGCAGCAGUGCCGGUGCAAACCCUAAGCCCGUCCCUCCUUCCUCCUCUGCUGUCUCCUCCUCCUCCUCCGCCUCCAUCCCCCCCUCGUCCUCUGCUGCCUCCUCUGUCGCCCGCCAGGUCAGCACCGACUCUUUCCUCUCCACUGACAGUGAUCCCCGCUCUUCCUCCUCCUCCUUUCCCUCCUCCCUCCCCUCCUCCACCCUCUCCUCCCACUCCUCCGCUCUCUCCUCCCUCCCGUCCUCCAUCCCCUCUAUCCCAUCCUCUGUCUCCUCCUCAUCCUCCCGCAGCUGGGGCUCCCAGCGCUGGGGCUUUGGCAAGUCCAAAUCCGUGCGAGUGUCCACUGCACCGUCCACUCCCUCUCGGCCCUCAACUCCUGCUCAGCCGUCCACCCCCCCACCUAACGGCCUCUCGUCAUGCGACGUGGUGACUUCUGACAUCAAUUAUUGCAAUUCUGAUACUAGCCCUACUGGUGCAGGCGGUGAUGCCGCUGCUGCUGCUGGCGGGUUUGAUGGGAGCUUGUUGCUCUCCCCGUCGUUGCUGGAGACAAGGCGGCUGCGCAAGGCCAUGCAAGGGGGGGCCAUAGUGGGGUGCUUCACAGGGGGAGGGGCAGCAGCAGCGGUGGAUAGUGAGUCCGAGGCGGAAGGGGGGAGGAGAGGAGGGGGAGGGGGUGGCUCUCGGCCGGGCACUGCUGGAAGCAGGUCGAGGGGGAGUGGGGAGAGAGUGAGUGGAGAGAGGGUGGGUGGUUCAGCAGGUGGGGGGUCGGUUGGUGGGGGGCGUCGAUCGAAGCUGCUUGGUGGUAGCAGCAGGGAGAGUGCUAGUGGGGAUGGGGGUGGGAAAGUUGGCGGUAGUGGCGGGGGAUCGACUGGCAGUGCGCCAAGACGGACGAAGCAUUUCUAUUCGCAGCCAAUGCCGCCGCGUGUGCAGUGGAAUGAACAGAUGGGGAUUGUGGUGGGAGCUGAUGGAACCAUGUAGGUGGAAUAUAAUAAUGUAAUGAUUAAUUCCUAAUAUUCAGUUGGUUCAUUCGGCUAUCAACCUUUUGCAAGUUUGAUUAUUUCUUCAUCUACCGUAUCAGCAUCACAA